AUGGCCUCUUUGGAUACAGGCCCACAACGCCACGAGACGAUGAAUUUCACUCUGCUGAACCAUGCCACUGCGCCAGUUAUGGCGCCUAGACUGGGAAAACUGGCCAUCACAGGCCGAAAGGCCAUCUCAACGCCGCAUUACAUCCCACUCAGCACCCGCGGCGCUGUCGCUCACAUCGCCCAUGAUAUAAUGCGGGACCAAACGACUAUAUCGAGCUUAUACGUCGGUCUUGAGGAUUUCAUAGAGACACUACCCAAGAAAGCCAUCCCCCCAAUAUACAAAACACCCACGGAACCACAUGAGUCCGCCAUCCACAAGUUUAUCUGCAUGCCAGAGGAUACCCUCCUUAUCAUGGGCCCGCGCCGUAUCCCACCUAUCAUCUGUCCGCCAACAAAUACACCCAACGCAGUCGCCAUCCUAACCAGCGUCGGAUUCCGUCAUAUGACUGGCGAGGAAUACAUCGGUGCAGUCCAGAAGCUCAAACCAGAUAUUGUUAUUGGUCUAGCGGAUUUGGUCGUCGGACAGGCUCCAGGUGUGAAGCGGAGGAUGAAGAUGGUGGACCGCACGCAUGCUUUCACGAUGGAUGCCACGGAGGAGUUAUACGGGGAAGGUGUUGCGGAAGAUAAACGGUCUAGAGCGGCGUAUUUUGCGCCUGUGCUGCCCUUGGAAAAUACGCAGCAGUCGCUAUAUCUGGAGGAAUUGGAGGACGAGUUGCGGCCAUAUAUAUCGGGGUUGGCGCUGUAUGAAGCUGCGUCGUUGUCCAUUGUCCCGGAGAGUUUGGGUGAACUGCCUCGGUUGCUGCUCAGUGCACCUGUUACUCCACAGGAUGUCUUGCGGGAGGUGUCGUUAGGAGCAGAUCUCCUGACAAUCCCGUUCAUGGGUGAGACUUCUGACGCUGGUAUGGCGUUGACAUUUACCUUCCCAGCACCAUCAUCAACCGCCGAACCUCAGCCCCUAGCCAUGGACCUAUGGUCCUCCACCUUCAGCACAGAUACCCAGCCCCUAAUAGAAGGCUGUCAAUGCUACACUUGCCAAGAACACCACAGAGCAUAUAUCAACCAUCUCCUCUCCGCGAAGGAAAUGCUAGCAUGGACGCUCCUCCAACUCCACAACCACCAUGUCAUGGACCUAUUCUUCUUGGGAAUCAGAGAAAGUAUCCAACAGAGCACGUUUGAAGCAGAUUUCCAGGCUUUUGAGCGGGCCUAUGAGUCGAAGUUACCCGAGAAGACGGGAGAGGGUCCUAGACUCCGUGGAUAUCACCUCCCACCGUCAGGGCCGUAUCAACCGAAACGUAACCCCCGGAAAUACGGCCGUCUUGACGAUGCAGCUGAGAAAUAUGCAGAGUCGACAUCGUCGGUUGCUACGCCGGAUGCUGGUGCGAAUGAGCUUGAAGAGCAUGGGUUUGCGGUGAAGACUACCUCCAUGAUGUAG